CAUAGACUGUAUGAAAUAGGAAAUGCCACAAGGAGCUGCGCCCUCCCACCGAGGGGGAGGAUACAUUAAGAGCUCACAUGAUGUCACGGGUGUUGGAUGUUAAAAUGUAGCCUGACACUUCACAGGACUCAGAUCAGAGAAUAACACCUCUGCAGAAACAUGCAAAGCCUUCCCAAGCCCCAGUUUGCCAGCUGGCUCAUCGAGCAGGUGGAGACCGGCCAGUACACAGGACUGUGCUAUGUGGAGCCCAACAAGUUCAGAGUCCCAUGGAAGCACAACUCCAGGAGGGACUGCAACGACGAGGACGGUAAAAUUUUCCGGGCCUGGGCGGUUGCAAGUGGAAAAAUCAACGAGUUCCCAAAUGACAAGGCCAGAUGGAAAACAAACUUCCGGUGUGCUCUUAACCAGCUCACUGUGCGCUUCAAGAUGAUCAAGGAUAACUCCAAGAAUUCAGAUGACCCGCAUAAAAUCUAUGAGAUUAUCAACACUGAGUAUAACUACGCAAGCUUGCUGGCACAGGACUCCCAAGAGGAUUUGGACAUGCCUGUGGAUAUCCAAAGCUCUCCUAUAAAGUACCUUCCCUCAGGAAAUGAGCUUAAUCUGCUGAAUGGUUUUGUUGCCUUGGACCUUGGGAACUGCCCAGCAGUGGAGCAGCAGUGGGCAGAGAACUAUGGCCAGCCCAAUCCAGCUGUGGUGGAAAGCUUUCAUGUAGCAGCUGACAACCUACAACAGCCUUUACCAGAUCAGCCAUCUUACUACGAGGUAAAUCUUCCAUCAGCCCUCAGUCCACAUGUGCAGCCGACUAUCUACGACCUGGAGAUAUCCAUUCACUACAGGAAAAAAGAAAUGCUAAAGGUUACAUUCAACACUGCCCGUCUCCAGCUCCACUACCACAUGGUCCCUGAGCUCAACGCCCAACAUCUCUGCUUCCCUUCUACAGAGGGUCUGCUGGACCAAAAACAGGUUGAGUACACCAACCGCAUCCUCAACAGCAUCCAGAGAGGUCUUCUCCUGGAGGUACGGGAAACUGGUAUCUAUGCCUACAGGCAGGACAGGUGCCAUGUGUUUGCUAGCACCAGUGACCCAAGUGUGGCUCAUCCAGACCCCAAAAAGCUGCCCCAGAACACCAUGGUGGAGCUCCUCAGCUUUGAAAAAUAUGUGAAUGAACUGAAGCAGUUUAAAGAGAACAACAGCAGCUCUCCAGAAUACACCAUCAACAUGUGCUUUGGGGAGAAGUUCCCAGACGGAAAACCUUUGGAGAAGAAGCUCAUCGUAGUCAAGGUGGUCCCUCUGAUCUGUCGAUACUUUCACGAGAUGGCCCAGAUGGAUGGCGCCUCGUCUCUUCACAGCGCCAAUGUCAGCCUGCAGAUCUCCUACAACAGCCUCUUUGAUCUCAUUCAAGGGGUCUUUGGUGUGCCGAUAUCUGAAGAUCCUGCACAUGCAGUCACGCCUUUUCUACCUACAAUCUGAAAUUGAUCUACUUGCAUAUUAAGUGAACAAUUUAAGCUACCUAUGGGACCACAUGAUGCACCAGUCUGCUCUUAUCCUAACUUUGCUGAAAAACAAACAAACAGGUGCCUUAUUGGAGGUAUCUAAGUGUAAAAAAUAAGAACAAACAUUUAUAUAUAUCAUUAUUGUACAUCUGUCACUCCACCCUCCUGCUUUACACAAUCUCCUCUUCACAUAAGUUCUCAAUGCCUAUGAUUGUAAUUACAAAGUUGUCAACUUUAUCACUACAGGAGCAGAAAUGGACUCCUCGGCUGUUACAUUAUGUCACUUGAACUGUUUUUGCCUUGACUUAGACUAAACUUUAAAUGAUUAUUGUAAACUUCAAAUCAUCUUCUUGUGUAAUGUGUAGUUUUUAAAACUGAUUACAUGUUUAUGAGCUUGUAAAGUGAAAAUUGAAGGUAGAUAAUGAGUUGUCUAUGUAGCAUACACCCAGUGUCUAUGGUGAAUUCUUCUGCACUUCCAUAACUGUUAUCAUAUUUUCUAACCUGCUGGUCAUUUUACACUUGAAAAGUGUAAAAUGAAAUGAAAAAAAUGUUGAGCUUUCUUAAAGUUUUGAAUAAACUAACAUUGAAUGAGG